GCGGUGGCGGCCGCCGCGGGCCUGGAGGGACCUGCUGGCCGGGCCGAGGGAGCCCCCGCCGGAGACCGCGCCGUCGCCGCCGCCACCGCCGCCAUGGCUACAAAAGACCCCACAGCUGUAGAGAGAGCAAACUUGUUAAACAUGGCUAAACUGAGUAUCAAAGGACUCAUUGAAUCUGCUCUAAGCUUUGGCCGCACUUUGGAUUCUGACUAUCCCCCCUUGCAGCAGUUCUUUGUUGUUAUGGAACAUUGUCUGAAACACGGUCUUAAAGUAAGAAAAUCAUUUUUGAGUUAUAACAAAACCAUCUGGGGCCCUUUGGAACUAGUUGAGAAGCUGUACCCAGAAGCAGAGGAAAUAGGAGCCAGUGUCCGGGAUUUACCUGGUCUUAAGACCCCCCUGGGUCGUGCAAGAGCAUGGCUUCGAUUAGCUCUCAUGCAGAAGAAAAUGGCUGAUUAUCUGCGUUGCUUAAUUAUUCAGAGGGAUCUCUUGAGUGAGUUCUAUGAAUAUCAUGCACUAAUGAUGGAAGAAGAAGGAGCAGUGAUUGUUGGGCUGCUGGUUGGCCUGAAUGUGAUAGAUGCUAAUCUGUGUGUAAAGGGAGAGGAUUUAGACUCACAAGUUGGAGUGAUUGAUUUUUCCAUGUAUUUAAAAAAUGAAGAAGAUAUUGGAAAUAAAGAAAGGAAUGUUCAAAUUGCUGCCAUAUUAGACCAAAAGAAUUACGUGGAAGAAUUAAAUAGACAGCUGAACAGUACAGUCAGCAGCCUCCAUUCAAGAGUGGAUUCAUUAGAAAAGUCAAAUACUAAGCUGAUUGAAGAGUUGGCAAUAGCAAAGAAUAAUAUCAUUAAACUCCAAGAAGAAAAUCAUCAAUUACGAAGUGAAAAUAAAUUGAUUUUAAUGAAAACACAGCAGCACCUAGAGGUUACCAAAGUGGAUGUGGAAACUGAACUUCAAACAUAUAAGCAUUCUCGGCAGGGGCUAGAUGAAAUGUAUAAUGAAGCCAGAAGACAGCUCCGAGAUGAAUCUCAGUUACGACAGGAUGUGGAGAAUGAGCUAGCGGUACAAGUUAGUAUGAAACAUGAGAUUGAACUUGCCAUGAAGUUGUUGGAGAAAGAUAUUCAUGAGAAACAAGAUACUCUGAUAGGUCUUCGACAACAACUAGAGGAAGUUAAAGCAAUUAACAUAGAGAUGUAUCAAAAGUUACAGGGUUCUGAAGAUGGCUUGAAAGAAAAAAAUGAAAUAAUUGCCCGACUAGAAGAAAAAACCCAUAAAAUAACUGCAGCCAUGAGGCAGCUGGAACAAAGAUUGCAGCAAGCAGAGAAGGCACAAAUGGAAGCUGAAGAUGAGGAUGAGAAAUACUUACAAGAAUGUCUGAGUAAAUCCGACAGUCUGCAGAAACAAAUCUCCCAAAAGGAGAAACAGCUGGUGCAACUGGAAACUGAUUUGAAGAUUGAGAAGGAAUGGAGGCAGACUUUGCAGGAAGAUCUUCAAAAGGAGAAAGAUGCCUUAUAUCAUCUUAGAAAUGAGACGCAACAAAUCAUUAGUCUUAAAAAAGAGUUCCUCAACCUCCAGGAGGAAAAUCAGCAGUUGAAAAAAAUAUAUCAUGAACAAGAGCAAGCGCUUCAAGAACUUGGCAACAAACUUAGCGAAUCGAAACUUAAAAUAGAAGAUAUAAAAGAAGCCAACAAAGCAUUGCAGGGACUGGUUUGGCUGAAAGACAAAGAAGCAACACAUUGUAAACUUUGUGAAAAGGAAUUCUCACUCUCUAAGAGAAAGCACCACUGUAGAAACUGUGGGGAAAUUUUCUGUAAUGCCUGUUCUGACAACGAACUGCCUUUGCCUUCUUCACCAAAGCCAGUACGGGUCUGUGAUUCCUGUCACGCAUUGCUCAUUCAGAGAUGCUCAUCUAAUUUGCCAUAAGACUGCACAGUAAAUCCUUAUGUAUGGAAGUACCUACGAUGGAUGGAUGUUUUGUAUGACCCUGUGUACAAGGGAGAGGUAUCCAGACAGCCCUUCUUAAGCAGCUUUCAGUCAGUAUUGGUACCAAUUUAUCUUCCACAUUUUCAACUCAUGGGAAUUAGAAGUUGGUGAUUUGAUAUUUCCUUCCCCUUUGUUACUUAAAGAGAAUUUUCACCAGAGCAUGCUUUAAAAUAACUUUAACCUAAUUCUUAAUUGAUGUAAUAAUCAUGUUCUCUGUAACUCCAUUGAAAGACCAGAUAGUAUAGUUAACACACAUUUUGCCUUAUCUUCUAAAGGCCUUCUUAAAAGUAAGGCUUCAGAUUGUUUCAUUCUUCUGAAUUGUCAAGUUGGUACUUCAUAGUGCCUGAAAUUCUCUUAAUGCACUUUAAAUCUUCAUGAUUUUAAGAGUGGAAAUACAUAAAAACUUUUAGAAGUAUUAAUAUUCUAAUUCAACAGAUUUUUCAUUAUCUUGGUAAAAUUUCAGCUUUAACUAUAUUUAUCCUUUCUCCUCCUCCUUCCCUUUCUUGCAUUAGAAAAAGCCAGUAUUUUAUCCUACAAAAUUUCCUUUUCAUGUUUUCUAAAAUCAUUCAUUGUGCUUGCCUUUCAGAUACAGUGGGUUAAAAUUAAAGGGGCAUUGAUUUGGCCUCAACUUUUUUUCCUUCUGUUAAAAGAAGUUUCACACAACUGUCAUCCUUUUACUUAAGUUACUUACAGAACUCACAUGCUACCUGUGUCUCACUAAAUUGCUAAUAUUUGGGGGUUGGAGGCUCAGACCCCAAUUUAAAGAUAAAAACAUAAAUCCUCCAAAAAUAAUUCUUGUGUUACAUUUCCCCUGAAGAAACUUUUAGGAACCAUUACAUUAUAGUAGUCUACCACUGCAGUGUUAUGCCCACUGUAAAAUUUCAGUGUCUACCAAGCAUCCUUUUGCCAGUCAUGAGCAGAUGAAGAUGUGGUCUCUGCCCAACCAUGAAAUACAUACUUCAACUACUUCAAACUCAAAGAUUCACUAAUCUAGUUAUACUGCUUAAAGCAUAUCAAGAAUUUAAUCUGUAAAAAUUAGGUUACCUCUGUAUAAUCAGUUACUUAAACAGCAUCAUGUAGGAUUCUUUUUGUAUUAAUUUCAGCCAUGCACUUUAUGAGCCUUUCAAAAAUAUACAGAAAUCUUACAUUACUUAGGAGCAUUACACUUAGUGACUGACUAAUCAUGAUACCCGCCUUUCCCCUAAAGUGGUUACUUAUUUUGCAGGAUCUUUUCCUCAUGAGUAUGUACUUUAUGAUUUAAAAUUAUUUAAUUUUCUAAAUUGCUAAAGUAUGAAACCAGUAUUUUACUUGAAGACCCAUUUUCUCCAGAAUCCAUUAAUUUCAAGUCAGCUUGAAGCCAACUUCAGUUAGAUCUGACAUAGACUUUUAGAUGAUCUUUCUUGAAUAUUUACAGAAAAAUCCUCAAGAGAUAGGAAUUAUAUUCUUGAAUUGUUUUGUAUUAAUAUGAUGGAUUAACAGUAUUUGUGAUUGCUGAGACUAAGCAUAAAUGAAAAUUUAAGUGUUUAAUUACUGUGCUUGCAACAAAUUUUAAAAUGUGACAUGUAAGUUGCUUAAAUUCCAAGGUUGAUUUCGUUCAACAGAUAAACCAUGAGUUUUAGUCACCCUUUAAAUUUCCCACCAUUUUAAACUUACAAGUCACCACUGAUUUGGGCUUUUCUUAAAAAGCCAGCUUUUUAAAGCAGCUUUUAUGGCAGCAGUGCAACUUGCUCCAUUUAGUUUUGGCUUAGAAACCGUUUGUACUAAUUUUGGACUUUUCUGUUACAAAACUUUCACAAUUUGUAUUUUGUGACUGACUGUGAACCUAACACUACUUUUACUUGCCACAGUAGAUCACAUACCAUAUUCCCUUAUCUAACCAGUACUACACUACAAUGCUAUCAUGGUGCCAAGGAAUUGCAAUUGUAAUUCUUUUAACCUGUAAUGGUUUAAAAAUAAAACAUGAAUUUUAUAAACCAAUAAAGAUUUGAAAAAGUAACCUUUAGAAGGACAACUUUCA